CGAAGUUAGAAACGCCAAGGUAGCUAAAUAGAAUGGAUAUGUAAGUAUGACCAAGUCAAGCCAUGGCUAUUUCUAUCUUUCAGGACAGCCUUGGACGUGUCAUCCUUUCUGAAUCUGGAACCAGGCAAUCUCCAUCUCCAUCUCCAUCACCACCAUCUUUCUCUUUCUCCUCUGUUUUUUCAACAAAAAAACCCUUCCCUAAUCGCAUGCCUUCAGGUGGGGCAGUGGCUUAUGACAAUAUGAGUCCCUUCGUCUUCCUCCUAUGGCUUGUCACUGUCCCUCUCCUUGCCCACCCUGCCCUUUCUAACCCUCUAGGGUAUUUUAUAAACUGUGGGGGUUCAAAUGAGGUAACGGUAGACAGUUUGAAAUAUGUUCCUGAUGGAAGCUACACAAAGGUUGGAAGCGUUGCCACAAUCAAUCAACCAGACUUGUUGCCAACACUCACCACAUUGCGUUACUUCCCCAACACGCAAUCUAGAAAGUUUUGCUAUUCAUUUCCGGUUAUCAAAGGCAACAAGUAUCUUGUGAAAACCAUAUACUAUUAUGGAGGUUUUGAUGGAGGGAAGCAACCACCAGUGUUUGAUCAAAUUGUUGAAGGGACAAGAUGGAGUGUUGUUAACACCACAGAUGAUUAUGCUAAAGGUCUUAGUUCAUACUAUGAGGUUGUGGUUGUGUCUCAUGGGAAGAAGUUGAGUGUGUGUUUGGCUAGGAAUGAACAUACUGGUACCUCAAGUCCUUUCAUCUCUGCCUUGGAGGUUAAGAGCUUGGAUGGUUCUUUGUAUAAUCCUACUGAUUUUUCCAAAUAUGCACUUGUAACUGUUUCUAGACAUUCUUUUGGAGGUGAAGAUAUCAUUAGUUUUCCAGAUGACAAAUUUAACCGGAUAUGGCAACCAUUUAAGGACCAAAAUCCAGUUGUGGCAAGCCUUUCAAAUGUAACUUCUUCAGACUUCUGGAACCUUCCUCCAGUUAAAGCAUUCAGUUCAGGAAUAACCACUAGUGAAGGGAAGACACUUGAAAUUAAUUGGCCACCAGUGUCCCUUCCAAGUACCUACUACUACAUUUCUCUCUAUUUUCAAGACAACAGAAAUCCAAGCCCUUUAAGCUGGAGAGUCUUUGAUGUUUCUAUAAAUGGCCACACUUUUUUUUCAACCCUUAAUGCCACAACUAAGGGUGUCACAGUUUAUGCUGCACAAUGGCCACUUUCUGGACAAACCAAAAUUACUAUGACACCUUCUGGUGAAAUGCCUGUUGGACCUGUGCUCAAUGCUGGAGAAGUUUAUCAGAUUCUUCCCCUCGGCGGUCGAACUCAGACAAAAGAUUUAAUUGCCUUGGAAGAUUUGGCUAGAAGCAUUCAGAAUCCACCUCGGGAUUGGAACGGUGAUCCUUGCCGGCCUAAAGGACAUUCGUGGACUGGAGUUACAUGCUCUGAACAAUUUAUUGCACGAGUCACCUCAUUGAAUUUAACUAAUGGUGGCCUGGCUGGGACACUACCUCCAACUAUUGGAAAUCUAACUGCUCUUUCUCACCUUUGGCUUGGGGGAAACAAAUUCACAGGCAAAAUCCCUGAAUUAGGUGGACUCAAGGAGUUAGAAACUUUGCAUUUGGAGAAUAACAAGUUUGAAGGACCACUUCCUCCAUCAAUACAGAAACUUCCAAAACUGCGUGAGAUCUAUUCUGAUAUGCAAAAUAACAAGUCUGAUGGGAAAGCUACUACCAAACACUAAAGAAAAGUGAACUCCAAGUGGUUUUCAACAAUUCUUCUGUGAGAAUCAGCAUAAUGCCAAUGCGAAUCCGACCGGUUUUGUAUGUGAUUGGGAAGUUUUGAAUACAAUCAUAGUUCUAAGGGGAAAAGGAGAAUUGAAACCAAAGGAAUCCCAUUAUUUUGUAACACAUUGUCAAGAAUCAUAUUGUAAAUCAGAACUAUGUGAAGUAAAUACAUCAUAAGUUAGUAAUGAGUACAAAAGAAAAAUAGAUUCUAUUAUGAUUGUUUGCUUUUC